AUGGUGAGUCAACGACAGCGCCGAGCUUCAGCUGUGCAGACUACGCAUCUGCUUAAGUGCAAUCGUACUUCACUCUAGUCACGAUUGGAGCUUCUUUCGGCUGGUCAGCUGCGUCUAGAUUCGCGCAGGCCGUUAGAGCUGCGUUCUUUAGCCGUCCACAUCUCUCCUUCAGCCUCUUCAUCCGCACACGCAGCAUCGAGCACCUCUCUAGCGCCAGUAUCAAGUCUCACGAGCGCAUCUCCAUCAGGAUCGGCAAGAUUAGAAAUGGGCCUGACCAGCGUAUUGGUCGAGGUACAUGGGCCUAGGGAGAGGAGAAGCGGGACUUUUUCUGGCAUGGGAAGCUCAGUUCAAAAGGCUCAUUUGGAUGUUGAUUUCGCCAUCGACCCGCAUGCGGGAAAGGAGCGGAGAAGGAGAGCCAAGGGAGACAGGUGAGUGCUCAGCGCUAUAGUUGCAACAGGGUCCCGGUCUGUACAGGAGCCGCGCACAAGCUGCGACAAAAGGAAGCUGUCAAUGCUUAUCUCUUCUUCCGUUACAACUGCCAAGACGUUUGACGGAGCUGGCGAAUACUAUCAGCGCAGUCUUUGGACCAGUCGUGCACACGCAUCUAUACCCACGCUCCGAGAUCGCGAUAGAUGUGCUGGUAGAGGUGGAUGAUGGAGGUGAGUGUGUGCUAUAGUGGGCCAAUCCUUGUGACGCAUCAUACUCAACGCUUCACCCCUGUCCCCUACGCCGUGAACCAGGUAUGCUGCCUUGCGCCAUCAACGCAACUUCGCUCGCAUUGCAAGACGCCGGAAUAGCUUUAUCGUCUCCAGUGGUUUCUCUCACGUUAGGCUACCACCUCUCUCCAUCCGCCAUUCUUCUCGACCUGACAAACCAAGAAACACUAUCUCUUCCCUCGCUCACGCUGGCCCUGCUCGCAAAUACUGGCGGAGUAGUGCUAGCUCGAUCGGAAGAUAGGACACCGCUCGAAGCAACAUUAGCCAUGCUAGAUCUGGCACAAGAUGCUGCGAGUAUAUUGGCACACGAGCUGGAUGUGGCCGCUAGAGACAGAACGAGGAAGCUGGUCAGGGCUAUGGGUGGUCAAGAGUCUUCAAAACUGGAUGAAGAGUUCGAUGCAAUGGAUGUAUGA